GGGGGGGGAGAGAGAGAGAAAGAGAGAGAGAGAGAGGCGCGAGCUAAGAGAGAGGCUAGCGGGUAGCGAUUUAAGAGUUCAUUGUUGAUGGCGUGCUAGAAAGUCGCAGUUGAAGAUUCAAACUUGUCCCUAUAUCAGAUAUCGGGUCUCAAAGAAAAAGAAACUGCUAAACGGCUUUUUUCAGGUGUUUCUCAUGGCUGUCUGUCUGUCAUGUCUUCCCUCCCAAGACAUAUUCCUCCUGUUGCUCGUCGUCUCGUGCACUGCCGAGCUGGUGAGAUGCUUCAACCUGGACUUACGUUUCCCGGUGAUCAAGCAUGGAAAAAACCCCGAUAGCCUGUUCGGUUUCUCUGUUGCAUUACACCAGCAGACCAAAGGGGAGAACAGAUAUUUGCUGCUGGUAGGAGCGCCCAAGGAGAAAGCUGAAUCUCACGUCACAGCCAAUGAAACUGGAGGAGUGUACACCUGCCCGAUCAGCACUGACCAAUCAGACUGCAGCAGGAUGAACCUGAUUGGCUCUGACAAAGACCUGGUGAAGGGGGACCGUGUGGAGGGAAUGUGGUUGGGCGUAACCGUAGCCAGUCAGAGACAGCCAGAGGGGCGGGUCCUGGCAUGCGGUCAUCGCUUCGUUAAGCUGUACGGGGUUCAGGAGCUGAGACAGAUGAUUGGGAAAUGCUAUGUCCGUGGCAACGACCUGCAGGACGUGUCGGACUGGCGCUGGCAGAAGCAGGUGUGCAACCAUGAAGGCGAGAUUAGCGACGAGGUCAUGUGUAACAUGGGCAUCUCUGCCGCCAUCGUGGGCGAUGAGGUCAUCUUUGGCUCCCCAGGAAGUUACACGUGGCAAGGUAACGUUCAUGUAACCUGGAAGAACCCUAAAGAUGAGUAUAGCAGCAAAACCAUCUCCCUCAACAGCCUGCAAAGGCACCACAUCUACAUUGGUUACUCUGUGGCGGAGGACCGCGCCCUGUUGAGCCAGGAUGCCCUCACCGUGGUAACGGGAGCUCCUAAAGACAGCAAGGAUGAUGCUUGUGGCUCGGUGAUGCUGCUGACUCGGACGGCGUCUGCAAACGACCAGAAGGAGCAGCUGCAGCCCCACCUCACCCUGAGAGGAGAGCAGAUGGGAUCCUACUUUGGCAACGCUCUGGCCAUCACAGACCUCAACAACGACGGGUGGAACGACCUCGUGGUCGGAGCCCCGUUCUAUUUCCACAAGAAGCUGGAGCAGGGCGGGGCCGUGUACGUCUUCAUGAAUGAGGGCGGAACGUUCCGCCAGAACGCCAGCGUCACGCUCAGGGGCCCGGCAGGCUCCGCCUUCGGAAUGUCGGUGGUCGCCCUGGGAGACAUCAACCAAGAUGGCUUCCAAGACUUAGCAGUGGGCGCUCCCUUCCACGGCACAGGAAGUGUGUCUAUCUGGACUGGAAGUGCCCAGGGCAUUUCCACAGAACCCAGUCAGGUGAUCGAGGGGAAGGAUGUGGGCAGCGGGGUGUUCUCGACAUUCGGGUACAGCCUGAGUGCAGGUCUGGAUGUGGACCAGAACCAUUACCCAGACCUGCUGGUGGGCUCUCUGGACAACCACGUAGCUCUGCUCCGAGCCCGUCCAGUGAUCCACCUCAACCAGACUCUGAGGGUCUCUCCUGAGGUUGUGGAUCCCAGCCAGUGUGACUACUGUGUGGAGGUGGAGGUGUGUUUCUCUUACACACUCAGCACAGGAGACAAGGACGUGAAGAAGAACAUCACCAUGCAGUUCACAGUCAAUGCCGACCUGUCUCGACACAACUCUCGGGUCCGUUUCCAAGACAACAAUCAGGGAAGUUACACCGGUUUCCUGUCCAUGCCGGCGACCAGGUGUCGAACACUGAAGCUGGGUCUGGUGACACCCCUCAGAGACAAGGUGGAGCCGGUGAAGUUCGCUCUCAACGUGUCCGUCUACCAAGGACAAGCACCCAAACAAGGGGGAACCCUGCAGAACCUGGACUCCUUCCCUGUGCUCAGCGAGAGCAGGGCCAGCCCCCUUAGAACCGAGAUCCACAUCCAGAAGGAGUGUGGUCUAGAUAACAGGUGUCAGAGUAACCUGCAGAUGACGGCAGCGUUCACUAACGAGCAGCAGGUGCCCUUCCCCAGCCGGGAGGGCCAGCAAGUGUUCCAGUACAGCACCAGUGUCAAGAAGCUCCUAUUGGUUGUCCACGUAACCAAUUCUCCAUCGCCUGGACAACCAGCAGAGGAUGCCCACAAUGCUUUGCUGAAUAUGACAAUCCCCCCCUCCCUUCUGUACUCUGGCGUGCGCUCUGAGAGCGGGGCCCCUGUGGUAGGCUGUGCAGCGGAGAACAUGGUUCUACUGUGUGAACUGGGGAACCCGUUUCCCAGCAAACAGAGGACUCAGAUCCAACUUAUUUUUGAGACUUCUGAAAUCAGCCUGGACACCAAGCAGAUAAACACCCAGCUGCAACUUUCCACGCUGAGUGAACAGAGUGACCUCCAGCCUCUUCCUCUGGUCAUGGUGGUGGAGUACUCCCUGGAGGCCUCCUUUACCUUGGUGAAACAGACAGGCCUAACCCUGUUUAGCGGUGAGGUGAGGGGGGAGUCAGCCAUGAAGACCACGCUAGACGUGGGAAGUCCUGUCCAGCUCACAUUUGAGGUCAACAUUAACGGCAAACCCCUAGGUGGACUUGGCCACCUGGAGGUGGAGUUUGAUUGGCCAUGGGAGUUAGCCAAUGGGAAGUGGCUGUUGUACCUCACAGAGAUUGAGACUUUUGGAACGUCUGACACCCACUGUGUUCCCCCCGGUGACAUCGUUAACCCUCUCGAACUCUUGUUACCGGAGGAGGAAACCAGGAAGAGGAGGAAGAGAGAGGUGGAGUCAGUUAAAGGGGAGGAGGGAGGAGAAACCAGGGCCGCCCUUAACGUGCAGGGCCGUCGCAAGAAGACCGUCCAACUGGACUGCGUCGGUGGUGCGGCUCGCUGCGUCAAGUUCAUCUGCCCCCUGAGGAACAUGAGCCGAUCUGCCAGGCUGGUGGUGAAGGCCAGGCUGUGGAACAGCACCAUGCUGGAGGACUUCACUGAGGCGUGGAGAGUGACAGUGAAAGGCCUGGCUACUCUGAAACUGGUGACAGAUAAACCCACCAUCGGAAUGGACACUCAAUCCAGAGAGUUCACCCUGCAGGUGGACCCAGAGCUGGGGGAGGAGGCUCCGUACCAGGCCCCUCUCUGGAUCAUCAUCGUGUCUGCGGUGGCAGGAGUCCUACUGCUGGGCCUUAUCAUCAUCCUCAUGUGGAAGUGCGGGUUCUUCAAGCGGGCCAGCACCAGGAAGUUGUACGAGGCCAAGGCCCAGAAGGCCCAGAUGAAGACCCAGCCCUCGGAGGUGGAGCGGCUGAACGAGGAGCACUGAGGAUGGGCAAGCCGUGCCGCAAGGCCCCCUGGCUCCAUGCACUGGGUCCCCUGGUGUGGCUUCUUUCACAGGGAGCGGCCCUGUCAGAGCGUACCUACCUACCACGGCGUAAAGAUCGGCAAGGAGGAGCGUUACCAGGACAACGAUGGCUUCCUCAUCCAGGAGCCACCCUCUAACAAGAAGAUUAAAAAACACUGGAUCACAAACUGGACUGAGAUGUAACUACUGUCUUCCUGAACCCCCCCCCCCCAACCCCCCCCAGGCCAGCCAACUACCUGUUGAUGCUCUCAGAGGAUGGAAGGGGGGGGGCGGGUCACCAGGCCUAAUAACCUGUGUAAAUAUAAUACUCUUGAUGUAUGUUUGAUUUGAAUCAGGGUCAGCACUUAUGGGGUUUAACAUAUUGGUUCGAUUGUGCAUUUAAAAUAUAUUUCAAGUACUUGAAAAUGGUUUGGGCCUCAUGUCUGACCUUGGAUCAGUGAUGUGGUCUUCUGUUCCUCCAGGUUGAGGCUGGGGUGAGGGCAAGGUUAACUAAUCACAUGUAUGCAACUUGUCUUAAACAACCUUGAGGUCACUGUCUGAUUUAACAUGACAGGAAAAUGCUUGUGUUCCUUCAAACAACUGUCAACAAUCCAGCCACAUCGGGGUAGCGGUUUAUCUAAGGGAGGUCAUGUGACCCCGGUCUUCCCCGCUUGAGAGAACGCAUGCACUGGCUCCUUCCCUGAACCCGCCCAUGUCCUCUGAACCCUCUCAUGACCCCUGAACCCCCAUGACCCCUGAACCCCCAUGACCCCUGAACCCUCUCCUGGGACUAGAGAGACAUCAAAGGGAAUUGGCCAGGACUUAUUCCAUACAUACACAGUAUGCUGUAGACCAACAUUUUAUUUUGUACGUUGUAACUGAAUGUUCACUGUGUUGAUGUGAUUAAGGGUUUAAAAUUAUGGUUUCAUAUGUGAAUGUAAACAGAAGUGUGCUGGAUUUUAAGUUAUGUUUCUGUUUCCACUGUGCUUGAUUUUUUUAAAAUCUAAAUACAAGGAUCUUUCCAAAUGAAAAAGUGAUAUUUGCACAUGUUGUUUUGUACCAUGGGAUUGAUAUAAAUGUGUUUAGGGCUUAGUGUAAUAAAAUAUAUGUGAUUUGUGUGUACGUUUAUGUACGUGUGUAUGUACGUUUUUAACGUUGUGUUUUAGCUCUGAGGCUUGUUUGUAAAUAAAAUGUAGCCUUGACCCUGCAA